AUGGCGCACGAGGUGGCUCCAGUAGAAGCAGCGGCGAUGCUCAGAUGGCUGAAGGCAUUUGUGGAGCUCACGGUCGAGACACACUUCAGGCAAGGACACAUUGCAGAGGACUUUGCGGCGCGUAUCAAGGCAAGAGAGGCAUUGCGCGGGGUGAUGCAGUGUGCACUUGGUGUGGACGGUGCAAAUCAAGUGCAUCGGUACUUUCACACCGGGGAAGUCAUACAGGGUAUAACUGGCGGCUUUCACCUUGACCCACAUGAUGAUGUGCCAAACAUACUGAUCAAUCUUGGGAGCGCCGUGGAGUUGCAGCUUGCAGAGUACGGCAAAGUGCACAUGGAUGUUGCGACCGUGGUUCUCUUCAAUAAUAGGGAACUACAUCAUGCGGUACGCUCUGCACCAUCAAGCACAGCAGAAGAGCGGUGGGCACUCACACUAGGAGCGUGGCAUGCGGCACUUGAACCAGAAGAUGCACAGGAAUAA